AGUGACUAUAGCUAUAAGCGGGGCAUGCAUGUUCAAAGAUGCCGACUGUAUGGGUACUAAGUUACGAGAGGGGGAAAAGACCAGGUUAACCGGAUGGCCUUAUAUCUAUCCCCUGUCUUGCCAAGCCACACUACUACUUCACUACGAUUUAGCUCCACGCGCCAAGGGGAAUGUUUGUAAUUGCCUCUGUUUUAGUUAACUAAAGUGUUGAACUGCAGGGUUAGUCAUUUACCACCGAGGCUUCAGCAAAUACCAGCCGUUGCACCAGUGUUGUAUGGUUAAAGCGUCUUCACCACUCGACGUAGAUCACGCUUGGCCAAUGGAAACCUCAUGCGAUUCAGCACUCUGGCUACCUACCUCCUCCACUUAUGAAAAAGAACGCAUCCGAAGUCAUGUUAAGAUUCAUCAUAUGCUCCAUGGUACUGCCUUGUUUCCCGUGUGGACGUUGUCUCGCGACCCAUCCCUUCUCCGGUCUCUCAUGCUGCGAUACUGUGAAUAUGCCAUACUGAGAUAUCGCGUUGGAUGGCCGUCAUGUCUGGCGCUGUGUCCGGCUAGACAACCUAGUCUGUUAUGGCGUGACUUCCUAAUAUCGGUUCCCUUGAAGGGUGCGUACGUGGGCACAUCUGGGAAGUCGUCAGCUUUCGCUAUUGAUUCGUUGGCGAAAUGCCUCGAUUGUAACCAAGGUUAUAUCCUCCUGAAACGUGGCGCUCGACUACGUUUACGCCCACCCCAUUGUGGGCCGGUCUCUAGCAGGCUUACAAUGCGUGAGCUUCUUAGCAAUAAUGGGAAUGCUCUGGAGGCUGACCGACGAGAUGGUUUGGAUCUGUUCACAACAACACCAUCAACUGGGACACAAUAGGACUUGAUAGCACCAGACUCGAUAACUUCUCCUUUCCUACCCGGGCCUUGGAUAUUAUACCAGAGAACAGAAACCCUCCAAAACGAAUAAAAAAAAUCUAUGAGAAAAGAGGAAGAUAUCUAUAUACAGAACUAGUAGAGCAUGAACAAAACAAAUAAUAAUAUAAUC